CUCUCUUCGUGGAGCUUUCUCCAACUGCCACUCUCCAACUACUAGCGAGGUACCACGACAACAAUAACAACAAUCCCUCCGAGUCCUUCAGCCAACUCUUAUAUGGGUUCUUGGGCCUAAAUGGUCCUCUGGACCUUCAAGAAGUCUUGUUCUACAGCUUUUCUACCUCCAUCUCUAUUCCUGUCGCCUCUCAAAGCCCCACUCACACACUCACCCAUCGUUCAUCCUCGGCCGCCGCGCUCCCAUUCGACCCUGCUCAUCGAGCUUCCACCUUGCCAUCUUUACUGGUUCUGGAACGGUCUCGCGAUCGAGGCUAUCAGCUUUUCAGGAUGGAGAUCGUCGAGGUGCUUAUGACCCAGUCCGCCCAGCUGCGGGAAGCCAGGAAUCUGUCCAACGAAGACUAUGAUCGCCAGAUUCGUGAGAAUGUCUCCUCUUUGAGACAUGUCAUCUCUACCAAGGGUCUCGGUACAUUCGCCAGCAACGACUCUCUCCUUGACCAUUUCGACCCAGUUGCGGACUCUCUCGUCUAUAUGUUUCUUCUUCGCGCUCAGAUUCAAGCCUUUCAAGAGGAAUUUCGUGAAAACGUGCCCGCGGCCUUGCUUCCACCCGGGAAACUCUGGUCGAGGAUCGUCUCCUACCUGAGAACUUUCGAUCCCAUUCAAGUCAGAUACGCAGGUCAAGAGUGGCGCCAGUUGGUCGAAAUUGUUGCGCAGGCGUCACAGGUGGUUUCCAAGCCUAUCCUAGCCGUGCGACUGGUCAGAGACGCCAUGUUGCGGCUGGAUCCUUCAUGUUCUGUCUUCACAUCGACGCACCUACUUCUUGUCCGCCUCUGCUUGCGGGCGAAGGCAUACACCUAUGCGUUGCCCGUACUUGACAGACAUAUCUGCCACUUCCCUGCCUCGACUCCCCGCGCCAGCUCUGGCUUUUCCGUGUUGCCGUGUGCAGCGCACGAUUCAAGCCUGUCUUUCAUCACCGAUACGUCUGGACUAUCAUCCAAGUUAACCUACAAGGACUAUCUCCAAUAUUUCCUUUGUGGUGGAAUGAUCUACAUGGCACUCAAGCAGUGGUGCAAGGCAGCGCAUUUUCUCGAGGUUGUUAUUUCGAUGCCAACGGUGGGUCCCAUCAGCAUGAUCAUGGUGGAGGCUUACAAGAAGUGGAUCUUGGUGACAUUGUUAGACAAGGGCAAGUUAUCCUCGCCUUCCAACCUGAUUCCUCCACAUGUAGUCAAGCUGUACCAGUCGCUGGCUAAACCUUACGUCAAUCUGGCCCACAGUUUCUCCGGGGGUGACUUGAAGCAUUUGGAGGCAGAGAUCGACGCAGCUCGGGAAAUUUGGUGCACUGAUAACAAUAUGGGCCUGGUUUCUCAAGUCCUCGGUGCCUACACCAAGCAUACUGUCAUGGGUAUCAAGCAGACAUUUGCCGCUCUGACAGUUAAGGAACUUGCGGAACAGGCAUCACCUCUGCGAAUGAGUGACGAAGCUACCGAAGCAGUCAUCGCGUCUUUCAUCAUGUCAGGUGCUGUGAAGGCCACGUUGUUGCAAAGCUCAAGCCAGGGCAGCCCAACCAUGCUUCGGUUUUCGAAUAUCCAUUCUGCCCCACAGCUCUCGGACGAGAGUAAGGUACAAUCCUGUCUGGUACGGGAAAGUCAGUCUCUGGGCUCCCUGAUGGAAGGUCUUGAUGAGAUUGGCUAUCAUGUGGGACUCAGCAACGAAUUCAUUGAUACUGUGCAGAGAGGCCAGACUUGGGCAAGUGUAGGCGAUGUCAAUUCUGGAAUAAGCGAAGACGUUGGACUCGAGAUAGAAGAGGAUCUUAUGGGUGAGGUAUCAUAACCAUCAAGUUCAGCUUGAUUGUUGAGCUUUCAUUAUCUACCCUUUCGAUCACAUAAACCAAGAUUUCUUAAUCCAUUCAAUGUAGCACCCAUCCAAAAGAAAGAUUGC